GCAGUAAGAUAAUUUUGAUGUAAAACUUUAUUUUAUGUUGUUUUCCGAAAUCUUUUCGUUGUAAUUUAAAUUAAAUUAUUUAAUAUGAGUUAUGUUAGUGAUUUGUCUCAAUCUCAAGAAUAUCUAAGUUUUAGAAGUAGUGUACCUCUACGAAGAAUUGUAGUUGAUAGUGAUAAUACUAAGGGCUGGAGAAUUUACGAUUGUGGGCCAAAAAAAGUAAAAUGUCCCCUUUUUUGCUUACCACCUGUUUCUGGGACAGCUGAUAUUUUUUUUAAGCAAGCCUUGGCCCUAUCGGCUAAAGGAAUAAGAGUUAUAUCAGCUGAAUCACCUGUUUAUUGGAAUGUUAAGGAAUGGUGUGAGGGAUUUAAAAAACUGUUGGAUUAUUUGGAGUUGGAAAAAAUUCAUAUAUUUGGAUCUGCAUUAGGAGGAUAUCUGGCUCAAAAAUUUGCAGAACACACUGUAAAUUGCCCAAGAGUAGCUUCGCUUGUUUUAUGUAACACAUUUUCCGAUACAGCGAUUUUUAACAAUCACGAAUCUGCAGCUUUAUAUUGGAUUUUACCUGCUCUAGUUUUAAAAAGGAUGAUUAUGGGAAAUUUUGCUUCAGAAAAAGUCGACCCAGACAUGAUAGAAGCCAUAGAUUUUAUGGUGGAAAGGUUAGAAAGUCUUCCGCAGACAGAACUGGCCAGUAGAUUAACCUUAAAUUGUCUAAAAGGUUAUGUUGAGGCUCACAAGUUAUCAGAAAUUCCAAUAACAAUAAUGGAUGUUUUUGAUGAAUAUGCACUAUCCAAUUCUGUAAGGGAAGAGUUAUAUAAAUGUUAUCCAAAUGCCAAAUUAGCCCACCUAAAAUCUGGCGGUAAUUUCCCAUUUUUGAGUAGGUGUAGUGAAGUCAAUUUACAUCUUCAGAUUCAUCUAAGACAAUUUGAUGAUACCGAAUAUCCAGCAUCUGAAAGACCUCUUUUAAACAAAUAAUUUUUAAUUUAUACGUUUAUAGCAUCACUAAUGGCUGCAUGCACAACGCAUAGUCAAGAUUUGUUAACACAAAAAAUCUUAACUAACCUUUGUGCAUAUACAGGGUGUCCUGAAAUAGGUUUUAAUUGGAAAAUUAAAUAUCUGAGCGUUUAAAUUGUCUUAUAAUUUUGAUUUUUAU